GGUCAUGAAUAUUUGAUGGCAUCAGUAUGGGAUGGAGACAUAGAUAGGGCCAGGGCUAAUGGGAAACCCCCUCCCAAUCCCAACCACACACACAAAAGCAGCCUCGUCUCACCAGCCGUCACAGACAGACUGCAGCCCUCACAUCAGACACACCCUCAUCCUGUCAUCACAGUCAUGGCCGACAAACCCAACAUGAUGGAAAUCACAAGCUUCGAUAAAACAAAACUGAAGAAGACGCAAACCCAAGAGAAGAAUCCUUUACCGACCAAGGAAGCUAUCGAGCAGGAGAGGAGAGAAUCAUCAUCCUGAGAGCAGACAUUAAUGAGUUCAAGACGGAAGAAAUAAGGACGAGAGAACUGGAGCGAUCAACACACACCUGCCUCAGUGUGAAACUGGCAUUUCCAUCAUGGAUGACUUUACUAAGCCACAUUUCUUUUUCAGAACAUAAUGAUUUCUUUUUUUAUGUCUUUUUUUGGUGAAUGUAUGAGUUGUCAAUGAAAAAUAAAAACUUGAAGAGUUUUAAAA